UCACGAGGCAGUGCGCACGAAUGCGCGCAUUCUAAAAAUAUACGGACACCGAAAGCGAACACGCUUCUAGUGCCGUAACGAUGUUGAACGUGAGAGAUAGGUAUGUUUUGUUCGGGCCCACAUUCAAUGGGUGACGUUUAGUGAAAUUGGAUUAGGAAAAGUGCUGCCUUUUUCCUGGUCGAACGUUUUUUCUUUACAUAGAGUAUCAUUUUAACGUAUCAGAACCCCGGAAAGAAUGGAGAUUUAUCACAAAGACGGAACAUUUCCUAGAUAUUGUGAUGCAGUUCGUAAAUCGCUUGACGACAAUCAUUUCAACGAAUUUGUCCAACUAUCCAAUAAUGAAGAACGGUUCCGGUUUGUUAGUGGAUUACGUUCGAUCGUUGACGAGUUGCAACUGAAGCGAGAAUUUAAUGGAAAGGGAAUGCAACAGGCAGUCGCACUAAAAACGCUGGGCAACAAGGCGUUUCAGGCAGAACGAUGGAACGAGGCGCUCGUUUUCUACAACAAGUGCUAUUUGUCCACGCCGAAGGAAAACGUGCAAGAAAAAUCCAUAAUACUGGCCAACAGAAGUGCCGCUUUGUACCAUCUGGAAAAGUAUGAUCUCGCACUGAGGGAUAUUCAGCGUGCCUUGGCCCAUCAGUACCCCUAUCAAAUGAUGUACAAGUUAAUGGAACGGAAGGCGCGUUGCUAUUUGGCGAAAAAGGAUUACGAGACGGCAUUAGAAUGCUUUAAAGCAACUGUGACAGCACUCGACGAUUCUAAUCUGCCUCUGGAACGUAGACAAAAGUUGGAAUGCGACGCUCAGAUCAUGAUCAAUCUGCUAUCUAAAAACAUCGAGUCGGAAAAGAAGAACAGACAAAAGACCUCUUCCAAAGCGGACCAACAAAUAGGGCCACUCGCUAAAGUUCCAGAUCAUUUCCUUGAGAAAGCAGUGUGGUUCGAUGAAACAAAGGACGAAGGUCGUUUUGCUCGUACCAACAGAGAUCUGAAACCGAACACGGUUCUGCUGCUAGAGCGGCCCCACGUGUCAGUUUUACUGGAGGACUACAGUUUAGAUCAUUGUACGCAUUGCUUCAAACGUGUCUCAGUACCGAUCGCUUGUCCGAUGUGUGCUGAUGUGGUGUUCUGUUCCGACGAGUGCGAAGCAAAGGCGAACGCUAGCUAUCACCGCUACGAGUGCGGUUUUCUCCCAAUUCUGUGGGGCUCCGGUGCAUCCAUCACGUGCCACAUGGCACUGCGAAUGAUCACGCAAAAGUCAGAAGAAUAUUUCAUGAAGCUGAAACCGGAACUAGCGGGAUUAACUAAUGAGCAGAUCGAUAAGUUGCCGUUUGAUGACUAUCGCAAGGUAUACAAGCUAGUCACCCACGAGUCAACGCGAUCACCGGAAGAUUUUUUCCAGCGCACGCUUAUGGCGACACUUCUGAACGUGUGUCUCACCUUGGGUGGUUACGGGAACUGUCCGCAGGAACAACAUUUCAUCGGCGGUUUGCUGGUGCACAAUCUGCAAUUACUGCAAUUCAACGCUCAUGAGGUGUCCGAAAUGAUACGCGAAACACCGGAUGACAUUGGCAAGUCCACCUUUAUCGGGGGUGGUCUCUAUCCUACGCUCGCACUGUUCAAUCAUUCUUGUGACCCGGGUGUCACUCGUUAUUACCGUGGCAAUCAGGUGUGUGUGCGCACGGUGAAAACUAUCGCAGCCAACUCGAUAGUGGCCGAAAAUUAUGGUCCACUGUUUACGCAAGUCCGGCGCGAUGAACGCAGACAUACGCUUCUUAACCAGUACCGAUUUACGUGCCAAUGUGUGCCGUGCUUGGAGAAUUGGCCUCUCUUCAACGAGAUGGACCCAAGCGUUAUCCGCUUCCGAUGCGAUGGAGGCAAGAUCUGCUCGAACGUGUUGGAAAUACCGGGCACCGUAAACGAUUUCAUGGUAAAGUGUACCGAGUGCGGCGAGCAUACGAACAUCAUGAAGGGGCUGAAAUCGUUGCAAGAUACUGAUAUACUUUUCAAAUCGGCCACCCGCUUGCACGCAUCCGGUGAGUACGAAGCAGCUUUACGUAAGUACGUCGAAAUGAUGGAAACGAUGAGUGUGGUGUUGGUUCCGCCGUAUCGAGACUAUCAUCUCUGCCAGCAGGGGCUGCGUGGUUGCAUGUUGGAGUUCGGUAACCGUUACACUAAAACGGUAGCAAAAAAGUGAAGACAAACUGGCACUCGAUCCUAACUAAGACAAUGUGCUGCACUCAUUAAUUGUACGUUUUUGACAUGUUAGUUUCAAUAAAGCAUUUCAUUAAAAAAGACGAAAA